AACCCCAUGGAUUGGUUUGACCCAUACCCGACCGAUCCAACCUAAAAACCAUAAUUGUCUCCGGAAUUAGGGGGGAAAGAGGGGUAGAGGGAAUUAGGGUUUAAUCUUCUUUCACCCUUUUCUUCAUCUUCAAGUAUAUAUAUUAUAUAUAUAUAUGGAUUCUCCUCAAUCGGGCAUGGAAUCUGAAAAGGAGAUGAAUGAUGAACAAGUUAAGAGUGUAAUUGAAGUAAUGGCAGCCAGUGGCAAGUAUUGGCAUGAGUGGGACAAACUCAAGGCUAUGCUAUCAUUCCAUCUUAAGCAGGUAUGGGGAGGUCCUGUCAGAUUAUCCCGAGUCAAAAAUGACUAUCGAACAGCAGCAAUCUUGUUUAGGGGAGAGCUUUCCUGAGUUGGUGAAGAGGUUGGAUGAUGCUCUCAAUAGCUUUGCUGGAGGCCCUCCAUUUACGUUGCAAAGGCUUUGUGAGAUUUUGUUGGAUGCGCGGAGCAUGUAUUCCAAGCUGUCAAAACUUGCGUUGGCUCUAGAAAAGAAUUUGUUAGUUACAUCAACAUUGACUAUUUCCAGUGAUCCAUAUGCAUCGUCUACUAUACAAAAUGCAACAGAACCAGAAAGAGAAACCAAGAGUUCCCAAGUUCAAUCUAAUUUAGUGUCUAAUGGGGUGGAACCUAUAGCCAGUGCAGGUGAUGCAGAUGAAGUAAUGGCUGAGGUAGAAGAGGCCGAAGUUGAGGAUGUUAUGACGAUUGACAUGGAUACUAUCGAAGCAAUAGUUAGAUCGUCUGAAGCAGAUACUAUGCCUACCAGUGAUUCAUAAUGCCUUGUUUUAUGUAGUGAUUAUUUUCAUGUCCAAUAGAGGAUGUUUGUAGAAGGUAGGUCAUGCUUCAAUGAAAUUGAGAACAAGUCCAAAGAGGUAAUGCUUUUAAAAAUCACUCACGGUCGUGAAUAUCUGUGUUGGAGCAGUAUAAUGUGCGUCAGACAUUAUUUUUAUCCGACGUCGGUCCAUCUUGAUGUGGGGAUAAGCCAUGGUCGUUUUCUUGUCUUUUUUCGAACUAAUGAAUGUCUAUGGAAUGUCGAGAAAAAUAUUGUCAGGGUGGA